UGACCAGCAACAAUCACCGGAUCCACCUUCCAGCAGUGAGGUUGACAGUCUGCUGCAGCCAUCCGAAGAAACCGACAGCAUGGCCGGUGCAAGCAAAGAACUAAGCCCGGAAAAACAAACGGCACCGCCGGACUCAUCCGAGGUGGCGAAAACGAAGGACGAUAGCAUCAUGUCGCUGCUGUACUCGUUCGCCAAGAAGGUCGUAACGGUCGGUAUCAUAUACUUCGUCGGCUAUAUGGGCUGGUCGGUGGCGUGGCUCAUCACACCCGUGAUCCUCUCGGUGGCCCGCGAAUCCUGGCGCAAAACGAACGAUACGCGGCGCAGCGUUGCGAAGGCAUCGGCGCUCGCGAACGAUAAGGACGUCAUCCUGGCCCGUCUACACGAUCUGCCGGCAUGGGUUUUCUUUCCGGACGUAGAACGUUGCGAAUGGCUCAACAGGAUCCUGAAGCAAGUGUGGCCUAAUGCAAACUUUUACGCGAAAAAUCUCAUCAAAGAAUCGAUUGAACCGAAUAUCCAACAGGCAAUGGCAGCCUACAAGCUGAAUGGGUUCAAGUUUGACCGAAUGAUCCUGGGAACGAUUCCUCCAAGGAUCGGCGGUGUCAAGGUGUACGAUAAGAAUGUGUCGCGCAACGAAAUCAUUAUGGACCUGGAUCUGUUCUACGCCGGCGAUUGCGAUAUCAGCUUCGCGCUCAGUGGACUGCGUGGUGGCAUCAAGGACUUCCAGAUACACGGCACGGUGCGCGUCAUCAUGAAGCCACUAAUUUCCCAGAUGCCACUCAUCGGUGGGCUUCAGAUAUUCUUCCUCAACAAUCCGAACAUUGACUUCAAUCUGGUGGGAGUGGUCGAUCUGCUCGACAUGCCGGGCUUGAGUGACAUUUUGCGUAAGAUUAUCGUGGAGCAGGUGGCUGCCAUCAUGGUGCUGCCGAACAAGCUGCCCAUCGUGCUGAGCGACGGUGUGCCGGCCCUGUCGCUAAAGAUGCCCGAACCGGAGGGCGUACUAAGGAUCCACGUCGUUGAAGCUAAGGACCUCAUGAAAAAGGACAUCAGCGUGCUUGGCAAGGGUAAAUCGGACCCGUACGCCAUCAUUUCCGUGGGUGCACAGCAAUUCCGCACGCAAACCAUCGACAACACGGUCAACCCGAAGUGGGAUUACUGGUGCGAGGCCUUUAUCCACGCGGAAAGUGGUCAAACACUUCAGGCCGUGAUCAACGAUCAGGACGCCGGCGAAGAUGAACUGUUGGGAAGAGCUACUGUGGAAAUUAGCAGCGUAACCAAGAACGGUGAAAUCGAUACGUGGUUGACAUUGGAACAGGCCAAGCAUGGAUUGGUGCAUCUACGCAUGACAUGGUUCAAACUCAGCUCCGACAAGUCUGAUCUGAAGCAAGCACUGGAAGAAACGCAACAUCUGCGCGUAACCUCCAUGAGCACUGCUCUGCUAACUGUUUUCAUCGAUUCGGCUAAAAACUUACCGCAAGCACGCCAACAAUCACAGCCCGACCCAUACCUGGUCUUAUCGGUGGGCAAAAAGAACGAACAAACCUCUGUACAGAUGCGUACGGAUGCUCCGGUUUGGGAGCAAGGCUUUACCUUCCUGGUGGGUAACCCGGACAACGAUACGCUCCAGCUGAAGGUGAUCGAUCAGAAGACGGGCAACACGAUCGGAUCGCUCACGUACAUCCUGAGCGCACUGAUGGAGAAGAAAAAUCUCGAGAUCAUGUCACAACCGUUCCAGCUGCAAAAGUCUGGCCCCGAAUCGAAAAUCAUCAUGUCACUUUCGUUGCGCGUACUGAAGCGCUACCGGGAACAGGACGCUGUAGCGACCACACCAGACAAGGCCCCUUCAUCCGAAGCGGACAGUGUACUAUCACGCACCAGCUCCGUCCGUACGUCCACAUCCCAAUCGACUAGCGGCGGUUUGCAGCAGCAACAAUCGAUUGCGGAUUCUAAUGCAGCGGAAGCGGCGGCCCUAUCUCACCAGGGUAGCGUCCGGAAGCAGGACUCACGCAAAUCUACCACUUCGGCCAUUUUGGAACAGAUGUCGAUCCAGGAGGAACCGUUCGUUGUGUCAACGUUGAACACGGUCAUGAUGGCGACGCCACCACGCAGUCCGAAUCUCAGCGACGGCGGUACGGAACUGUUGCGACGCAGUCCGAGCACCACCUCCUCGGCCGGAUCGGCUGGGCUGGGACGCAUACAGCUGACGGUUGCGUACAGUGUGCAGCGUCAGCGGUUGCUAGUAAUCGUGCACAAGAUUAACAAUAUUCCGCUCAAAGAUCCUAACAACAUUCCGGAUCCGUACGUGAAGCUGUAUCUGUUGCCGGGUCGCUCAAAGGAAUCGAAGCGCAAGACGAAUGUGGUGAAGGAUAAUUGUGAUCCCGUGUUUGAUACCACGUUCGAGUACAUCAUCUCCAACGCGGAGCUGGUCAACUCGGAGCUGGAGGUGACGGUUUGCACACAGAAAGGAUUCUUCGGCAGCCCUGUUAUUGGAAUGCAAAAACUAACUCUUAACGAUCCGGACAUUGCGAGCGGACAGGGCAUUAAGGCUUGGUAUGAUCUGCUGCCGGAAUCAAAGUUCGAGUAAAAAUCCUG